UCCAAACCCUUCCAAAACCUUCGGCCAAUACAGUAGACUCCGUGCCUCGGUAAAUGGGCUAGCAACUGGAUCGCAAGCACUUUUAAAUGGACUAUUGGACCAUGCUGAAGCUGCCAGGCCACACAGUUAUUCAACUGUGGUCCCAAGGUAUGAGAUCCCCUCCAUGGCCAUGGAAAUAGGACAGCGAUUCACUCGUGAGGUUGUUGAACAACCACGGAAGAAACGAAAGACCAGCAAUAAAAAGAAAACUCACGACCGUGCUGGACGGCCGACUGCAACCGUCACCUUUCUUGUUACCUGCUAUGAUGACCCAGGAGCAGUGAUGACGAAUAAUGUAGAUUUGCCAUUGCUGAUUGAAAAUGGUCUUGGUGCACCUCAAUCAGAAAUAACUAAUUUGGGGCGUAGAGGGACUAAAUUCCCCCUCAAUCUGACUGCAGAGGAGUUCCAUGCAGCUUUGAUAGCUCUGUUCCCUGCCGUCAACCUCAUUAACUACCAGAUCUGUCGGGCUGGUGUGUCGAAGCGAUUGAGCACAAUGACAGGGAAAACUCCAAGUGAAUUGAAAGGGGAGUUAGCAAGUCGCUCUACCAGGUGUAUCUACCUUGUCCCAGAUAGGAAGAUCACCUCCAUUCCGGAUGCGUUAUUAUACAAUCAUAAAAGAAGUGCCACACCUGUGAAUGGAGUUGUUGUUACACCUCCGCCAGAACCCCAAGCCCAGGUACACCCAGAGCCUCAAGUUGGAGUUCAAGAUGAUCUUUUGCAGCCUCCGCCAGAACCCCAGGCCCAGGUACACCCAAAGCCUCAAGUUCGAGUUCAAGAUGAUCUUUUGCAGAACCCCCCAACCAUUUGUCCUACAUGCCAUCGGACAGAUGUGACAGCAUCAGGCUGUCAAUUCUGCAUGUUACAGCAAGCUCUUGAACAGUCUCUUGAGAUGGACCGUGCCAGGGAGCAAAGGGCUAUACGGGAAGCUGAGCAGUUAAGGGAGGCCAGAGAGUUAUCUGAUCGGGCAGAACAAAUACGUAACGAGAGAAGAAGUCGCUCUAGUGUAUUUGUUGGGCCGUCAAAUCAAGAGGGCUUCACCCUAAGGAUAAGAACAGACAGGAACAGUCUCACUGGGCAGUUUCGGGAAUCUGACAGUUUGUCUGAUCUGAUGAACUUGAUUGGGUCUGAGGAUGAGGCCACUAGCCAAUUCUAUGUUUCCUCCCUGGACAAAAGGAUUUUGUGCUGUGUAGAAAAUGCUUCAAAGACACUAGAUUAUUUUGGGAUUGUUCAGAAUGAAGUCCUGAAUGUCAACUGGAUUACCGAUGAGACACCUACCCAAGCUCCUUCAUCGGAAGUCACACCUACCCAAGCUCCUUCGUCUGAAGUCACACCUACCCAAGCUCCUUCGUCUGAAGUCGUGAUAAAUGGUACCUCUGAUCAAAGUUACAGUCCACAAAAUGAACCUAUCUCCCCUGAAGACAGGAUCUACAUCCCUAGUGUGAUUCUCAGACCACCACGAAGGACGUCAGCUUUAAAUGCAGCCAAUUUUAUUUCAGCUGUUGCACAUGACACGUUACCUGAAUUACGUCCCACAUCUUCAUUGGCGAAUGGACCUUCUGUUACCAGAGGUGCACUUGAUGAGCCUGCUGAUUUGACCACAUUGGAUACUGGUAGUGGUACCACACAUGCAAGAGGUCGUGGACGAGGCCGAGGCCGGGGACGGGGUGCAGGACGCCAAGAUGGCCCAACCCAGCUGACCACAUUGAAUACUGGUAGUGGUACCACACGUGCAAGAGGUCGGGGACGAAGACGGGGUGCAGGACACCAAGAUCGCCCUACCCAGCUGGCUACUCAAGACAAUGCAUCAGAUAAUAUGGGAGCGGCUCAUGAUAGUGAAGAACGAAGACAUAUCCCUGUUCAUCAACACACAGCUGAUAAUUUGCCACACCGUCGUGACAUGAGGUUGAGACCAAACAUCAGCAGACCAGAUAACAGCUUGUUGAAGCUUUCCCUCACUGAGUUCCAGAUGGCCACCCGUGAAGGAAACUUUGACCUUAAACAGAGGUUGGAGGUUGAUAGAAACAAUGUAUUGGGUGGCACUAUGGCCAUUGCUAAUGAGAUCAAUUAUACGUGGGAUGUGGAUGUGAAAUUCCUUAACGAAGAGGCAGAGGACAUGGGAGGACCGAAAAAGAAUUCUUCAGUAUCCUAAUGAAGGAACUCAUCGAGAGCGACGAGCUGUUUGGAGGCCCUUCAGAGAGUCGUUGCAUUAUUCUAAAUUUGCGCCAUUUACGACAAAAGAAAUAUUUCAAUGCAGGACGUCUGCUGUCAUGGAGCCUUCUCCACUGUGGGCCAGGAUUAGGGUUCCUGGAUUCCAGGCUGUGGAACCUCAUGUCGGACCCUCACUAUCAAGUUGAAAGUGAUCAACCAACCACAUUCAACCUACCAGAUGUGGAUGCUUGCAUCAAUUUGAUGGAGUUGGAGGCAUGUGAAAAUGAUGAGGAUUUCGCCUCAAAAUGUCGAGACCUCACAACUUGGGGAGAGUCCUGCGGAUAUCCUGAAAUAUCUGAACUGAUACAGCUGAGCCAGAGAAAAGAACUUGUUAGCAGUAUCGUAACUUACUUCCUUAUGGACAGGGCACAUGCUGCUAUCACCCAAUUUCAUGAAGGUAUGAAUAGUCUGGGGGGGGUCUAUUCAACAUCAUGAAAAGAAAUCCCCAAGUAUUCGAGCCUGAAAUGUGUGGUGCGGGGAAGAAGAUGACAGCUGAGGAGCUGACCGCCAUGUUUCGGGUCAACUACCGCGACGAUGAUGAUGAGGAUGAUGAUGAGCAUGCUGUCAUGAAAUGCAUGACUAAAUUCCUCCAAGAUUGUGAAAGUGGAAAAUUGAACGUCAGUGUGAACGACGUAUUGAUGUUCAUCAUUGGAGCCAACCGAAUUCCUCCACAAGGCUUGGGCAUCAUAAAUAUCGAAUUCUUCAAUCAGAUUCCUGGGGAAGAACGCCUCAUCACACCUUCAACAUGUGCUCUGCUCCUUCGCCUGGACAGAGGACUCCAGGUGCAGGAGUAUUUCGAUACAAAGGUCGAGUUUGCUGUAAGAGAAGGCCUUGCAGCAGGAUUCGGUAAAAUUUAAUGUGUGUACAUAACAGAAUGUAAGGUAAAGUGGGGGAAAAGCAACCCCUGGCUAUGUUUCUGAUUAAUAUAUCCAUCAUAAUUGAAGAUAUCUGCCCAUCAAAGCAUGAGUAUGAAUGCAGUAACUCCUAAGCUACUUCACAUAAAUUAUUUGUAAUUAUGUAACAUAUUAUGUAAGAGCAGUAGCCAUGAGAAGUCAACAACUUUCACACAUGGCGAAAAAAAGUUGGAAUAGAACUUUUUACGGUUCAGAAUUUUCCACAUUUAUAAUUCAAAUCCAUAUGUAUAACUUGAUUCAAGUGAACCGGUAUCUAGUCAAGAGAAGGUUACAUGAGGCAUUUGAUGCCUCUGUUGACAGAAAUAAGAGAUAAUUUUCUGAAGAAGUUACGGUUGGGGUAAAAGCAACCCCUGGGUCGAUGUAAAGGCUGUCCCCAUGAAUUGCUUGCUCAAACUAGUUUUAAAGCGCAGAAAUGUUAGAUUCUUUACCUCUUGGCAUGAAAUCUAUUAAUUUCAGAUAAUUGAUAUUAGUUUUUUUGAUAGAAAUACAAUGUUAACCCUUUUACCACUAAGUAUGAAUACAUUGCCCUCUACAUUUUUGAAAGUACCAUAAGUUUUUCAACCCACAUAGAAAGUAAUAGGUUUAAGUUCUGGUAUGAGGUCAUCUAAUAUUCUCCUUCAUAAGCUCAAAUAAGAAAAUUGGCAUUAAAAGCAAAUUAUCAUGAAAAUAUCACUUUCUCAAAAUAUCGCUUCAAAAUGUCAUGAUAGGAAUUUUUGACAUUUAGCUUUUUUCUCGCAAAAACAAAAUGUUAUAUUACUUGCUGAUUAAUUCUAUGGCUUUUUGGCCCAAAAAAAUUAAAUCCAUAGUUUCAGUUUGUUGAAAUAAGUGAUUAUUAAAAAUCUAAAGCUUGAUAUAGUUUUGUUUGAUGAUAGGCUUACUGCAGUUACAGACCAAUUUUGUCAUAAAGCUAGACAGGAUAGUACGAAAUAGUUUUAUCACCAAUUUGUACCAUAAACCUGUGGAAAAAAAUGUGUUCUUAUGCUUUACACAGUCAGUAAAUAUAAAAAUUUUCAGGGGUUGCUUUUACCCCAAAGCCAAGGGGUAAAAGCAACCCCUGAUCAGCGGUUUUGCAUUGUCCCUCACAGGCAUUGUUUCAGACGCAGUGGCUUGAAGUGCAGGUAUUAUCUUCAGAAGACCUGCCACUACAAUAUCCAGGCAAAUUUUACUGCAUCUGCCAAGACAUCUCUCGUGUAAUUGAAGUUAUAGUGAAAAAGGGGGUUGCUUUUCCCCCACUUUACCUUACAGAUAUCAUGAAUAUGCCGUGCAUAGUUAUCAAUCUUUAGUUGACAAUACUUAACCCUUUCCCUUCUGACCGCGCAAUAUUGCGCGUUUCUGGGGAUUCCCCGUUUUCGUGACGUUAGUUUCGGUUUAGUGGUGGUAUUUCGGUCGCUCAACUAGUCACGAAGUUUGUACUUGUUCUCCGCUGAUUUUCAGUGUUUUGUUCUCGAUUUUUGGUUAAAAAUGAGCAAAUAAAGGGGGUUUGACCCGAGGGAAGUUGCCAGACGACAGGGACACCAGCAAUAAUCCCAAUUUUGAUUGGGAAUUACGGCGAUUUAUGUGAUGUUUUAGAGUGUUUUUGAUCGCGCAUUGGAUAGCACACCAGCUAUAGUGUAAAUGCACGUAGUUUUAGUGUUGGUGGUGACACCACAACCCCUCAGCUCAGGGG